CAGAAGGCUGGUCGUCGCAACCGGAAGCGGCCUUCUCUAGGAACUCCAGGGAGCGGCUCUGCGCCUUGGCUUCGCCCCGGGCCUCUGACGCCGGCUCUCUUCCCAAGUACCUGGGGUGGCCCUCUCCCUAUGGAGAGCCAGGAGAGCUACUUUCAGCCAAGCCUUCAGGAUCCAGGUCAGUCUCCUGCCUAGGAGGAGAAGAGAAAGACCUCUCCCCUGUGGAAUCCUCCCUCUCAGCUUGGUCUGCCGCAGUCCAAGGCCUGGCCACAGGCAGGGAGCCUGGAGCCAGAAGGAAUGGCUCCUGGGAACUUCAGACCCCCAGCCCAGGAGUUGGUGACAUUCCAGGAUGUGGCUGUGCACUUCACCCCAGAGGAGUGGGGUCUGUUGGACCCUCCUCAGAAGGAGCUGUACAAGGAGGUCAUGCUGGAGAAUGCCCAGAACUUGCUCUCCCUGGGACUUCCCGUUCCCAGAGCAGGUUUGAUCUCCCAUUUGGAGCAAGAAGGGCUGAGGAGCUCCUGUCCAGAUACAGAGACCAGAUUUGAUGUGAAGGAGAUGACUGCAAAGCUGAAAAUGACCUCACAGAACAAUUCUCAAUAUAGUGCACAUAGGGCUGAUCUUGCUACACAUGAGAGAAUCCAUGCUGAAGAUAAACCUCAUGAGUGCAAUCAACAUGAAAAAGUUUUCAGAAAGAGUCCCAGUGUUGCUAAAGAUAAGAGAAUACACAGUGAAGAGAAACCUCAUGAGUGUCAUGAAUGUGGUAAAACUUUUAGGGACCACUAUUCCCUUAUUGUACAUCGUAGAAUUCACACUGGAGAGAAACCUUAUGAGUGUCAUGAGUGUGGUAAAACUUUUAGUGUACAGUCUUCCCUUAUUGUACAUCAUAGGAUCCACACUGGAGAGAAGUCUUAUGAAUGUAAUCAAUGUGGAAAGACUUUUAGAUACAACUCUAGUCUUGCUAAACAUCAGAGAAUCCACACUGGAGAGAAACCUUAUGAAUGUAAUAAAUGUGGAAAGACUUUCAGAUACAACUCCAGUCUUGUUAAACAUCAGAGAAUCCACACUGGAGAGAAACCUUAUGAAUGUAAUCAGUGUGGAAAGGCUUUCAGUAGAAACUCCAGUCUUAGUAAACAUCAGAGAAUUCACAGUGGAGAAAAACCUUAUGAAUGUAAUGAAUGUGGAAAGACUUUCAGAUACAGCAACAGUCUUGCAGUACACAAGAGAAUCCACACUGGAGAGAAACCUUAUGAAUGUAAUCAAUGUGGAAAGGCUUUCACACGGAGGGCCCAUCUUACUGGACAUCACACAGUCCACACUGAUGAGAAACCUCAUGAGUGUCCUGAAUGUGGUAAAAGUUUUAGUGUACACUCUUCCCUUAUUAAACAUCAGAGAAUCCACACUGGAGAGAAACCUUAUGAAUGUAAUCAAUGUGGAAAGACUUUCAGAAAGAGCUCCAAUCUUGCUGUACAUAAGAGAAUCCAUACUGGAGAGAAACCUUAUGAAUGUAAUCAAUGUGGAAAGGCUUUCUCACGGAGGGCCCAUCUUACUGGUCAUCAUACAGUCCACACUGAUGAGAAACCUCAUGAGUGUCCUGAAUGUGGUAAAAGUUUUAGUGUACACUCUUCCCUUAUUAAACAUCAGAGAAUCCACACUGGAGAGAAACCUUAUGAAUGUAAUCAAUGUGGAAUAGCUUUCACAGACCGAUCCAGUCUUACUUAUCAUCAGAGAAUCCACAGUGGAGAGAAACCUUUUGAAUGUAAUCUAUGUGGAACAGCUUUCACAGAUAGAUCCAGUCUUACUUAUCAUCAGAGAAUCCACAGUGGAGAGAAACCUUAUGAAUGCAAGCAGUGUGGAAAGGCGUUCAGACUCAGGUCCAGCCUUACUCUACAUCAGAGAAUCCACACUGGGGAGAAACCUUAUGAAUGUAAUCAGUGUGGAAAGGCUUUCACAAGGCAGUCCCAUCUUACCCAUCAUCAGAGAAUCCACACUGGAGAGAAACCUUAUGAAUGUAAUGAGUGUGGAAAGGCUUUCAGAUGCAGCUCCACUCUUACUCAUCAUCAGAGAACCCAUAGUGGAGAGAAACCUUAUGAAUGUAAUCAGUGUGGAAAGGCUUUCAACCGAAACUCUCAUCUUCAGCUACAUCAGAGAAUCCACAGUGGAGAGAAACCUUAUGAAUGUAAUCAGUGUGGAAAGAUUUUCAGAUAUAGCAAUAGUCUUGCUCUACAUCAGAGAAUCCACACUGGAGAAAAACCUCAUGAAUGUAAUCAGUGUGGAAAGGCUUUCACUCAACGCUCAACUCUUCUUAAACAUCAGAGAAUCCAUAGUGGGAAGAAAUCCUAUGAAUGUAAUCAAUGUGGAAAGGCUUUCACACAACACUGCCUUCUUACUCAUCAUAAUAGAAUGCACGCUGGAGAGAAACUUUAUGAGUAUAAUCAAUGUGAAAAGACUUUCAGAUGUAGCUCCAAUUUUGCUUCACAGAAGAAAAGCCACACCGGAGAGAAUUCUCAUAAGUGUCUGGAAUGUGGUAAAACUUUUAAUGUACAUUCUUCCCUUACUAGACAUCAAAGAAUCCAUAUUAAAGGAAAAACCUAAUUAAUAUAAUCAAUGUGGAAAAUCAUUCAAAAUAAAGAUAUCCCUUAUUUCAUACUGUGCAUAAAGCCCCAAAAAUUAAUUGAAUUUUUUCUGUGAAAUCUCAAGAUUUCUUAUUACUCCUCUAUAAUAUGCCAUGGCCUUCCUAUGCCAUAACUUCUUCAACCAUUCCCCAGUUGAUUGAUGGUCAUUCCCCCCUCCCCCCAUGGUAGCAGGCACAAAAAAAUCCUGAUUUAACUCGUUUGGUAUCUGUUGGACCUUUAUUUUUAAGCUACUGGGUGGCACAAUGGAUAGAAGGCUGUCUCUGAAUCCACAAGACCUGAAUUCAAAUUCAGUCUAAUACUUACUAGCUGUAUGACCCUAGACAAGUCACUUUAACUAUCCCUGGAUAAGUUUUCCCAUCUGUAGGAUAGGGAUGCUAAUAACACCUACCUCCAGAGUUGAUUGAAGGAUCAAAUGAGAAAGUAUUUGCCAAGUGCUUUGCCAGCAUUAGAUCAUUAGGCAAAUGCCAGCUAUUAUUCUUUUCCUUAGUAUCAUAAAUCUUAUUGCUAUGUCAGUUGAAUAGGGACAGUUGAAUCACUUUUGUUUUUAUUUGAAUCAAUAUCCAGAAUAUAGAUAUAAUGGAUAGGGAACCAGGUAUGUGUUGGGAAGACAGGUUCAAAUCCUGCCGCAGAUGCUCUCUAGGUGAGGAACAACCUCUUUGUGCCUUCAUUUACUUGUCUCUAAAAUGAAAUCCCUCGAUGGUCCCUUCCAACUGGAAAUCUGUUUUUUUGUCAAAAGUAGAUUCAUGGGCAGCUAAGUGGCACAGGGGAUAGAGCACUGUUCCUGGAGUCAGGAGUACCUGAGUUCAAAUCCAGCCUCAGACACUUGAUACUUACUAGCUGUGUGACCCUGGGCAAGUCACUUAACCCUAAUUGCCUCAAAAAAUAUAUACUUCUCAAUAUAUCUGAGAAAUUAGAUAUUUAUGAGAGAAACUAGAUGCACUCCCCCCCCCAUUUUCCUCUAAAUUUUGGCUUCAUUGGUUUUGUUUAUGCAAGUUUUAAAUUUUCUUGUAGUUGGGACAGCUAGGUGUUACAGUGGAUAAAGCACUG